AGAAGUGAAACUAAGAAGUUUUUAUACAAGACUCCAUUUUACACUCGUCAGAGCAGAAGGAGAAAACCAGGCUGUGUGAAGUCGGGAUUAACGACAGCAUGAAUAAAGCUGAGAAACCGGAACAAUAUGACUCUGAUGUCAAACUGGAUGUGAAAACAAACCUGCCCGAGGAUGACAUAAAGGCUCCAUUGUCCUUCUCACCUGAACUAACAUCUGGAAACAUGCAAACUUCAUACAAGUUCAAGUGUCCUGGUCCGGGUGUGUUCCAGUGUGAUCUGACUCGAAUGGUGUUUGUUAUGGCUCAGGAGGCGGAGCUAAGUUACAGGACCGUCAUAUGGGAUGAGAGCCUCCUCCAAUCAGCUGGCAAGCUGCCUGCAGGGCCGCUGUUUGAUAUCAAGUGCUCCGAUGACUCUGCUGUCGAUGAGCUCCACCUCCCACACUGUGAAACAAAGGAAGCGUUGGCCUUUUACGGCCUGAUGUCUGUCGUCCACUUCACUGAUGAUGGAAUGAGCAUCUUGGAGCCGAAGGAGAUCACAGACUCUCAUGUGGUUGUGAAGGUCCCUCACCUCUCUGCCUUCGGCCUGAUCUGGGAUGCCUUCAAAAGGUUUCUGAAAAUCUCACUGCCAAUAAAGGGCCAAAUUCUGCUGUUGCGCCGACCUCUGUAUGUAAGGUAUCUAAUACUGGACGUAAUAGUGCUGCAGGAAAACAUCCCUGCGCAUGAGGUUGCCGUCCAACAUGAAGGUUCUGAGCUGAUCACGGUCUCCUCUGACUGUCUUCUUAGCUUUGGUCAAAAUUACAAUGUCAAGUGUGAACCGACGUGCCACCUGAUACAGCCGAAGGGUGCAGAAUUCAUGUCAAGGGUGGGACCAAAUUACCAUUCUACAUUUGAAGUUUUCGUGACUCCAGACACAGAGAGUGUGACUGUGAUAGUCCAGGACCAGGAGAAGAAAGAAGUCUGGAAAAAUUUCGUGUUACUGACAGCUCCAAGUGGGGAAAUUAGAGGAGGAGAGGACAGCGUCCCAUCAGAGGACAGUGUCCCAUCAGAAGACAGCGUCCCAUCAGGGGACAGCGUCCCAUCUGGGGACAGCAUCCCAGCUAACAAAAGGAUUGUCUCAAUUCGGGUAAAGUUCAUUAACACAGUGACUGAUUCUUCUCUGGGGUCGAUUCUGGAUAUACUUCUUGAGCGUCGCGUGAUAUAUGAUGCUGAACUGCAGUCAAUCUGUAAACCAAACAGAGCAACAAUCGACAAAGCACGAGACACGAUCGACUUGGUGCGAAGGUGUGGAGCUGACUGCUGCUCAGUUCUGAUCACUGCUAUCCGUAGGGUGGAUCCAUGUCUUUCCAGAGAGCUGAAAUUAAGCUGAAGCAGAGGGGACUAACUGUGGUGCUGAAUGUCUAUAAUGGCUAAGUACGGCUGGGCAAUAAUUCAAUACAAUAAUUUAUUUCAUUGGCAUCGUAUCUUGAUAAAAAAACAAAUAUCCAGUUAUCGUGACACAAAAUUACAUUGUAUAAUUUGAUACUAACAAGUACUAGGGCUGGGCGAUGUGAGAAAAUAUGUCACCUGAACAGUAUAAAAAUGCUUAUAUAUUUUUUUAUAAUGUAUUGUCUAAUGUAAUUCAAUGUCAAAAAUCAGCGGCCGAAUUGUUAUAAUGCAAGGUUUACGUCAUUUAUAAAAAGGAAAAAAGACAAAAAUAGGCUUUAGUUAUUUCAUAUAGACAAUUUAUCAACCGAAUAACCAGAAAACAUGCUUUAUCAUGAUAUACAUUGUUAAAAAAAAGUAAUUUCAUAUUUCAGUAACGGGAUAGAAGAUUUUGGCCAUAUAUCGCCCAGCCAUACAGCCUACACAUUCCUUGCCAUCUUUAUAUGAGAAAUUUUGCCUUUUAAACUUGUAUUUUUUUAAAGUGAACUUGGACUACAUUGGAUGAUCGCUGAGCAGCGACAUACUUUUAUUAAGAGCUUAAAUAUAACCCACACAAACAAGCCCUUUUAUUUGACUGUAGCUGAUGACGUGGUGUCAUUUCAGCUCCCAGUCCAUUCUCUGGCUGCAAAAACACAAUAUAGCAAAUAGACCAAACUCGAGAUUUUAGUUUGUUAUUGUCUCAUGUUCAUUCAAAACAAUCUCUGUAGGAGGCCUCCACAGACGGCUUAAUUUGUAGGCCAGCUCUGUUCCAAUGCAAAUCGGUAAUUAACUGUGUGGUCAAAGACCUUUUAAAGGCCAAUAAAAAGGGAGAACUCUUCGAUCAUCCUGUAGUUCUUCUACAGGUCCUACAGUCCUCAAAUAAGGAGUUGAUCCUUCUCUAAAGAUGACUCCGGGAACAAUCCCAGUUUUGUUUUUACGAUUGUCUACAUUUUAAAGUUUUUGUCUAAAUCUUUUUAAACAUGCCAUGUCAAAUAAAUGAGAAAAACAAUUGAGACCUUUUCAGUGUCUUUGUAUUAAAUAAGUUGUGAAUUCUUACCAAUAA